GUAUAUAUCGUUGAAACCUUCAUAAUUCUGCUUAGAUCGGAAAUUGUCGUAUUAGCACAAUGUUGACUGUAAUUUUGUCUGUGUGUGUGUUGUGCCUAGUUUGGCUUACAUUGAAAGGUUGGCAAGCUCGCUCUAGUGAACAAAAAGACAGCGAACUGUCUAUUGUAAGCCUUUGGCUGAGACGAGUGUGGAACUCAACUUCGAAAACGCAUCCAUUACCACCAGCUUUUCCAGGCUCACUGCCCAUUAUUGGACAUCUGCAUAAAGGAAUUGCUUUCUCUUCUAAUAUCUUCAAUUUCUUUAAAAUUCUAAGUGAAGACUGUGUUAAGCAAGGUGGAGUCACUAUUUUAAAACUUGGUCCAGAUUUACAUUACUUGAUAACUGAUCCGCAAGAUGCCUCGACGGCAGCAAAAUCAUGUCUCCGAAGGCAUUAUGCGAUAGAAUCCACUAAAGUUUGGCAGGGUAACAGCAUAAUAACAUCAUCAGGAGAAACAUGGGCACGUCACCGCAAGUUGCUGAACCCAGCGUUCAGUCUGCCGGUGAUCCACGGCUUCUUAGACGUGUUUAACAGUCAGGCCAAGAAACUGGUCAAUGAAUUAGAGCCUUUCGUUGGCAAUGGGCCAUUUAAUCACAGCCCAUAUUUCGUCACAAACAAUUUUGAAACGCUUUGUGCUGGCACAUUUGGAAUAGAAAAUGCGAUGAGUAAAGAACUACUAGCUAAAUAUAUAUCAUCAGGUUACGCGCUAAUAGAACUCAUUAUAACCAAAGUACUCAAGGUUUGGCUGCAAAUCGACUUAAUUUACAAACUUGUUGGGCUAAAGAAGAAAGAAGAUGAAUUAGUGGAAAAUUUACAUUCAUUGACGAAAACAGUUCUACAAAACAAAAAACUUGAAGCUUUGUCCAACAAUGUCAAAUCACCAACUACUGGUUUGCGAUACAAAGGUUUCUUAGAUCUGCUGAUGGACCUAUCAGCAAAUGGUGCUUUCACAGAAAAAGAAGUCAGAGACCAAACUGAAGCAAUUCUUACAACGGGUUUUGAAACCACAUCCACACAGUUAACAUUCACUAUGUUACUGCUAGGCUCACAUCCUAAAAUUCAAGACAAAUUGUAUAAUGAAUUCGAAGCAGUACUCGGUCCAGACAGAGAUGUAGGAAAGGAUGAUUUGAACAAACUGGUUUACACAAACGCAGUUAUAAUGGAGUCUGUCCGAGUCUUCCCAACUGCUCCUUACAUCCUAAGAUGCGUAGAACAGGAUGUGAAACUAAAAAACUACACGAUGAGAGCAGGCAGUAAUUGUAUCAUAUUUCCACUGAUUCCUAAUAUUGCCACCAAAGAUUCAAAAGGGGAUCAGUUCAGGCCAGAAAGAUGGCUGGAUGAUGAUUUCAACGGCAACCAAGACUUUGCUGGAUUCGGCAUGGGAAAACGUGGUUGUUUAGGUAAAACCUACGCGAUGAUAGCUAUGAAGGUGAUGUUGGCGCACUUCAUACGACAGUACCGAGUGCGAGCUGACAUGAGUCAGCUGCAGCUGUCUGCGGACUUCGUGCUCAAACCUGUGUCGGGACACGAGAUCAGCAUUGAACAAAGACAUUCAACAGCUGCAUGAGGAAUGAAUAUAUCACCAGACCCACCUUUGAUGAUUGUGAUCAUCAUUCUCCUGGCCUCAUCCCAAUUUCUUACUUGGAGUUGGCGUAGCAUGUUUUCUUCUUCCAUACUCUUCUGUGUGUAUCUGUAUCGUUGUUACCAUUUAUUAACCGACUUCCCAAAAAAAGAGGAGGUUUUCAA